AUGAACGCCGCCGGUCUCCUCUUUCUGGCCACUCUGGCCGCCUUGGCCACACAAGCGGUGCCCCGGGAAGCGGGGAGCUCCCCUCCGGGCUCCCGCCCGACGCAGCGGGAUGCGCCGAGUUUCUCCCGGCAGCAGAGGAAAAGCCUGGCGAUGGAUUUCAUCGUGCCUUCUCUGUUCCGGACCUACCUGCGGGAGCUGGUGCUGGGCGGUGGCAGCGGCGACGGGGAACCUUUGGGCGGGUUCAAGGCGCGCUGCAGCCUGGUGCUCGACUGCCAGCCGCUGCUGCGCGCGGUCAGCUCUUGGCUCCCCAGGAGCGGGUCGGCGGCGCCUGCUGGCCGCUCCAGAGCCCCGUCCAAGGUGCUGAAAGGCGGCUCGGUAAGAAAGCUGCGCCGCGCCAAGCAGCUGGUGCUGGAAGUGGGAGAAGCCAACCUGCGGGAGGACUGCGCGUGGCAUCCUGCCUGGGAAGGAGCCCAGGCAGAGGCACGCCAGAUCGAGUUCACCCUGACCGAGGAAUUCAGCUGGUGGAUCCGCUCUGGAGAAGGCAGGCUGAGGAUCCGGCUGAUGCCCGAGAGGAAGGCGUCUUUCCAGGGCAGAGAAGGCAGUUUAUCAGCGGCGAUCAGAGCCUCCCAGCCCCGUCUGUUCUUGCAGAUGGCCACCAGAGGUGUCAACAUUCCAGAAUCUCCAACAAAUAUUCCUCCACGUUCUUUGGAUUUUACUGCUUGGAAUCUGUCCUGGGUCAUGAGAGAUUCCUACCCUUCCUUUGUUCCCAGAGGGCGGCACUUUUUUGACUGCAAUUUUGAAUCGCACUGUGAUCUAGAAUAUUCCCCACCGAUGAAGGAGGGACAUAACAGAACCUGGCACCGAGUGAGUGCAAAUGAAUUCUCACGGCUCCAUCUUUUGGAUGGCCCAGAGAGGGAUUACUCUGAAAAUUCAGCAGAAGGUUCGUUCCUAUACCUCAGUACAUCAGAAAGCACGAACUUCCUCAUUUUGAGCCCCUGGCUGAAGAGCGCUAGUGAAUACUGCACUGUGCAAGUGGCUGUCUACGGAUACUUCCAGCAAAGUGGGGAGUAUGUCGCUCAGGUUAUCCAUGCUGAUGAAAGCCACAGCAAAAUCCCAUUGAUACCAAGCAGAGAAAAGCACGGGUAG